CAAAAAGUCACCUCCAGCACCGCACCACACCGCGCAGUCGCCCGCCCCGACGCCCGCAAUGAACUCGGUGCGCGCCAUCCAGCAGCUGAACAAGCGCGAGCUCGAGGCCGGCAUCAGCCCCGAGGGCUCGUGGCACACCGACUACCGCGACACCGCCUUCGUCUACAUUGGCGGCCUCGCCUUCGAGCUGUCCGAGGGUGACAUCAUCGCCAUCGCCUCGCAGUAUGGCGAGCCCGUGUGGGUGAAGCUGGCGCGCGACAAGGAGACGGGCAAGUCACGUGGCUUUGCCUGGAUCAAGUAUGAGGACCAGCGCAGCUGCGACCUGGCCGUCGACAACCUGGGCGGCGCGACUAUCCUGGACCGCGUCAUCCGCGUCGACCACGCGCGUUACAAGCCGCACGACGACGAGGACAUGCGCGACAACACCUACGGCGACGUGGAUAUGGGCGGCGACGACGACGACAACCGGAGGGGAAGCGAGUCCGACGACGAUGACGACCGGCCCAUGUUGCCGGAGGAGCUCGAGCUGGAGCGCCUCACCGAGAAGCUGGACCUCGACGAUCCUAUGCGCGACUCGAUGAUCAAGCAGCAGCAGGAGAAGGUGGAUGCCGCCGUCGCCAAGCUGAAACGCAGGGCGCGCAGGGAGAAGGAGAGGAAGAGCAGGCAUCGGCGACACCGCAGAGACGGCUCGAAAGACCGCCAUCGAGACCGCGAUAGCAAGAGGAUCAAGGACGCGGAGCACGACCGCCACGACCGCCGCUCGCGACACAGGGACGACAAGGCGUCGGACGACGACCGCCGCCACAGGAGCUCCAAGCACAGAAGCGUCUCAGAGGACAGAGACAAGCACCGUCGCCGCGACCAAAGCCGAGACCGACGCGACCGCAGUGAGGACCGUCGCCGCGACGAGAGCCCAGAUCAACGCGACCGUAGCAGGGACCGUCGCCGCCGCCACAGCUCAUCCAGCGAAGACAGGAGAUCAAGGUCAAGCCGCUCACCAUCUCCAUACCGCGAGCGCUGAACGUCACCCCUUAAAUCGAGUCUCUUAUCAAAGCUGUUGCCGGGGUGCGCGUCGUAGUGUUUGCGACAUCGACUGCACCACUUGACCACGGCCCCGCGACUCCAACACCGUUCAU